CAUUAGUCAUUACUUCAUGACUGGCAAAAACUAUAUGUUCCUUGAAGAUUUUGAAGUGUGAAGCUUUCAACAUUCAGAUCUGCUUGCAGAGCUUUGACAUCGGAAAAUUUCGCACUGCGCUUUUGUGGUAAAUAUAUAGGAAAGGUAUCGCCACGUCUGUGUUAGGAGUUUAUUUCUCAAAUGCCCGAGCUUGUCAAAUUUUAUGGAGUUGAUAUUUAAUUCAUGGAUAAAAUGAAAUUAAAGUGCUGAUCUAUGAAACAAUAAUUGCUUCGAUGUCGAAUCUAAUUUAGAAUGUGAUACAUCUUUUCUGCAAACGCUCAAUUUUCAGAUUCCAACAAUAAUCGGUCCCCGCUCUUCAACCGCGAAGUUACGAAAAUUCAACUCAAAAUAUUUGCAGCUGUAAUCGAGAGAAACAUUAUUGUGAGAUGAGUCGAUCGGGAGCUGAAAUACGCGCGAGUGAAAUGCAGUCUAAGUUGAUACAGGAUCGCAUCACGGCCACGGAGAAACACCUUGGACAGCUAUGUGACACACUCUCCUCCUACACCAGAAAGUCUGCUCAUAUCAGAGACAAAGGUGACCAAAUGGCUAAAGAUUUAGUAAAUUAUGCAGAGUAUGAGACAAUGAGCCUCACGCUCAAGAAGGGAUUCACACAUUUUGCAGAGAACCUAUCCACUAUACAAGACUACAGAGAGGCGCAGGUUAGUCGCCUCGAGAGCAAAGUGGUGGCACCCCUCAGUAACUAUGGCCUGAUGUGUAAACAGACAAAGAACGAGCUGAAGGCAGCAUUUUCUGCCCGAGACAAGGAACACCAGCAGAGGAAGAAGCUGGACAAGGUGAAGCAGAAGAACCCAGGGGAUCGCAGACAGAUUACACAGGCAGAAACUAACCUACAGAAGGCCAGUGUGGAUGCAUCCCGGAGUUCGAAAGCCCUGGAACAACAGAUGGAUACAUUUGAGACCAAGAAGGUGCAGGAUCUCAAGAAAAUGCUCUCUGAGUUUGUAAGCAUUGAGAUGAUGUUCCAUGCCAAGGCCCUUGAGAUGUACACCAAGUGUUUCCAAACUCUUGCAGUCAUAGACCCAGAAGAGGACCUCGAGGAAUUUAGAAAACAAACCAGGCCAUCAAGUGGUUCAUCAACUUCCCGUCAAAGCCUAGCAAGGUCGGCAUCAGAUGCCUCACUCAACUCUAGUCGUGCUCCACCAUCCGUGGACGUGACCCCUACCAGUCAGCGUCGUCUCCCUAAUUCAGCCAAGUCUUCCCCUGCCCAUAGCACAACCCAGCGGACACCAACCUCACAGCCAGCACCCCGAACUGUCACACAGGUCGUGCGAAAACCUGACAGUGAAGAUGAAUACGAAGAUGAUGACGAUGAAGAAGAUGACGACGAGGAUGACGAUGAUGACAGUUACGAAGAUGAGACUACAGAAGCUGAUACUGCAAGAACUAGCGGCUCCAAGAGACGAUAAUCACCGUGAAUACUCCUGACUAUCUACGGGUCAGACAUCAGGUGUCUACAUACAACAUACACGACAUGUCUGUGGCACUGGUCAUUACUUUUGGGGGGUUGGGCCAGUACAAUUUGGGAACAGGGAGGUUGAGGUGAUGGAGAGGUCAC